GGGCGGGCUCGACCUGCGCAGCCCUCACCCGCGCCCCGCGCCCCUCGCCCGGCCCCAUGGCGCCGCGGCCGCUGGGGCCCCUGGUGCUGGCGCUGGGCGGCGCCGCGGCCCUGCUCGGCUCGGUGCUCUUCAUCCUCUGGAAGGCUUACUGCGGCCGCAGCCGGGAGCGGCGCUGGGACCAGGGCGAGGCCUGGUGGGGCGCGGAGCCUGCCGGCCUCCCGGAGUGGGACGAGUGGGACCUGGAGGACGAGGAGGACGAGGAGCCGGUGCUGGAGGAACUGGAGCAGCGCGAGGUGCUGGUGUUGGGGCUGGAUGGCUCCGGGAAAAGCACGUUCCUGCGCGUGCUGUCGGGGAAGCCGCCUCUGGAAGGCCACGUCCCCACCUGGGGCUUCAACUCUGUGCGGCUGCCCACCAAAAACUUCGAGGUGGACCUACUAGAGAUCAGUGGCAGCCAGAACCUACGCUUCUACUGGAAGGAGUUUGUGAAUGAGGUGGACGUUCUGGUGUUUGUGGUGGACUCAUCUGACCACCUGCGGUUGCCAAGGGCCCGACGGGAGCUGCACAAGCUGCUGGCUAAAGAUCCUGACCUGCCCGUCGUCAUCGUGGCCAACAAGCAGGACCUGAAUGGGGCCAUGAGCGUGGUGGAGCUGCAGCGGGAACUGGGCCUGCAGGCUGUUCACAGCCAGCGGGAGGUCUUCCUUCUGGCGGCCAGCAUUGCUCCUGCAGGGCCUGGCUUUGGCAAUCCCGGCACUGUGCACAUCUGGAAGCUGCUUUUGGAGCUUCUCUCCUAGACUGGAACCCACCUGCCCACCACCCAGGCCUGAAGACCACAAUCUGCUGCUCCUGUUUCUUCAUCACCAGCCCGGGCUAGGGCAGGACCAAGAAACUGCACAGAAUCCUUCCUGGUGAAGUCACUGAGGCUCAAGCAGGGAGGUGGGUAAGGCAAAGGGUUGGAGGGUUGUGUCUGGCCCAUUCACAGCUGGAAUGGGGGUCCCCUCUCACCAGUGAAGACACCCCCUUCUCUUACCUGCACAGUGAGAUGCUCAGUGGGCUCAUCGUCCCCCACUGUAGGUCACAAUAGUUGAUGGACCAGUGGAGGUAUCAGAAGCACCCCAGGAACCUCAAAGUCUCCCAGUCAAACCUAUUCCCUCCUGGUGACGUGUGCCCUUCUCACUUGGGCAGGUUCUGGGCAGUCCCCAGUGAACCCGUGCCUCCCAGCCCUGCCUUGUGCUCCAGCCCCAGCUCUGCCUAACUCGCUUGUGGCCUUGUGCAGUCUCUUUGCCUCUCCACCCUGGGCUAUCAUUUAUAAAGGGAGGUGAUUUCCACAGUCUUUUCUUUGGGAGAUGCAUUUCCCAGCCCUGGAGAUAAGUGCCAGAACAAACCUAGAGAUCCUAGCAAGGAGCUCUCUGAAGACCUCCCUGCUUCCCCCUGUGCCACCUGCCAGCCUCUCUUAACAACAGAAUAAGUGGUACUCACCACCAGUGAGAAAAAUCGAAGGUUGGUUUCUUUCCUGAUCUGAAGACAGAAGCUGCUGCUCUCGCACUAACUGUGCCCAUGCCCAUGUUUACAUAAGUCUGGGGAAGGAAGGAGUCCGUGUCCCUGGGAAGAAGACUGUCUGAGGGAGCUGGAUAUCGGCCUCAGAACUGCAUUUUAUUUAUUUAUUUAUAAAAGGAACAGGCCGAAGUUUGAGGCUCUGUUUCUAGGUGCUGUUAUCAAAUCUCGAAUGAUGGUCAUGAAAAUUUUGGAAGAGGAAAAUAGCUGGACUCAUGAAUGACAGUGACAACUUAGAUAUGUCAGUGGAGACAGCUGUAGAUUGCCUCACCACCCCCUUUGAGUUUAUAUUUGAAAUCAUAAUACUUAACAUUGACUGACAGUGAACUUCAACUUCAUCACUUGGCACAGUACGUUGAAGGGAUGCAAACCCUUUCUGUUCAGGUAACAAUAACUGGGAGAGGAUAUUUCCACCAUGUGAAUCCAGGUAAAAAGAAAAGCCUUUGGACGGGGAAUGAGCAGACCAGCCCACUGGGGGGCCUUGUGUACAUCACAGAAUUUCUGGGGUUCUCUCUAAUACACAUUCCAUGAUUGUCCUGUACCUCGGUGACCAGCUGGUGUGAGGGCCAUCUCUAUAUUGACACUCUCUUCAUUGCAAGCAAAGGGAAGGAGGCUUUGUUUGCCACAGACCAUUGAAUAAUCAGCAACCACAGAUGGAAAUUUUUUUUCUUAGAGGAAACAUCCAAUUCAGUUUGCUUUUUAAUUGAGAAUAGUGAUUAUUUGCCUUUGUUUCAUUUGACAUGUACUCGGUAUGCUUUAGUUCCAUACUCUGGCCAGGGCACUGAGAGGAAGGGAGGUGGGUGGGGAGCUCCAGAAGUAAGAAGCAAGCUUGAGAAAAAGUGCCCUGCAGUGCUCUUGGGCUGUGGUUGUAUCAGAAUAGAAUCACUGUGGCAUUAGGAAAUGAUUUGUCGGCUUUUACUGACGAAUUUUAAGGAAUUACUUUGACACUUUGCUGGCAGCUUUUCAUUUUGUCAUUGCAAAGGUGAGACACUACUUCUUUGUUGACUCCACCUUGUUCCCAUUUACCUUUGGAACCAGCAUUGAUUGAGGGAGGCCCUUUUUUCCUAAUUAAGACCUGCCUUUGGUCUCAUGAAUAGCAUUCUUAAGUCCUUGGUGGCGGGGAGGGGACCUUGAGGAAUAAAGAGUUUAACUAUGUCUACUUGCUGUACUUUCGUCAGCAACCCCUCUCAGAAUGGAGAGGCCCCAAGAGCACCCCAGAAGACAGGGACACUGAGUGGCACUGAAGGUCUCGAGUGCACCCCUCUCUGACACUUGUACUGAACAUGAGGAUUGUUGGCCUACGGGUUGCCUCACCACGUUCAUGGCUGCCGGCCCCUCACCCAGGGAGUGCCAACGAUGCCCACCUGCUCUGGUUUCUACCAGGUUAGGACAGGAGAGACAGGAUUACUGCUAACCAGGACUAGACUAGGAGGAGGGGGUGCUUCUUAAGAACCUCAGCUGUCUGGCCUCCUGAAUGCCUUUCUGAUUCAGGAGCUCAGAUCACUUGCUCUCAAUAAUCAGCCCAGUUACCUGGAGCUACCCAACUCAAAUUGAGGUCCCUGUUCCUGCCAGGGUGGCUGUCCUCCCCACCGCCCCAACCCAGCAGCUCCCGACCUGAGCCUGGGAACAGGGGGGUUCAUGUCUAGGCAGCUCUCAUGUCCUAAUGCAGGGGGCUGGAGCAAGGCUCUGGAUCUCAAGAGUGUGAGUGGGCACCGACUGUACCAAGUAUCCACUCUUCCCACAGAAGGGAAGCCACCAGUCUGUUCACCUGGUGAACUUGACCAUUCACCCUAGCACUGGGGUAUAGAUGAGGGCUCUGGUUUUUAAGAGUUAUUUAAGUGAAACCAUGGCUUCUGGUUUUCCAUUCUUUGACCUGUUGCCAUUCCCAUGAGAGGCCAACCUAGCCCAGAGCUUACACAUUUGGACAGUCUGGGUGAGAAGGCACCUGAGGGUGGUUGGGACCACCACCUCAGACUGGCUGCCCACCCCAAGAAGCCACCUCUGGUAACUGGUGGUGUCCAGACCUGCAGUUGUGGGGCUUGUGCUGAAGCAGUGGUCUUCAGCUGUAAGGACUGGAGGAAGUGGUGAAAUCAGUCCAUCCAGACUUUGGGCUUUAGUAGAGAGGUGCUGUGGAAACCUGACAGCUCUUACCUGUGUGCCUCUCCAGAAAAUGGUUCCACUUGCCUUUGGAAAACAUCCUGUUCUGAUGCCUAGGUUAGGUAGGAAUGGCCUGCAUUUCAAAUCAGCUGCUGAAACUUACCUGUUAGUGUCCCAUCCUUGUGCGGCCAUCCCGGAUGUCAGACCUGAUAGCUGAGCACACUGCCCUCAGGACUGCCUUCUGGCUCACACAUCCUCAGAGGUUGGGAUUAAUUCUUUUGGAUGUGAAGUCCUAUCUAGUAGCAAUGAAAAGGGGAACCUCCACUUUUCCUUGGCUGCUAUCUCUGAGAGGAGGGCCAUUAAGGCAUAAGAAAAGGGUCACCGAGCCCAGUCCUUAUGCCAAGGACAAACUGCAUAGAAUGGGUUAUCAACAGAUGUUUGAGGUACAAAAUAAAUACGAAAAACUGACGUUUCCUUUCAA